AUGUACCUAAAACUUCAAAUACAUUCAUUCGGUAGAAGUGCCAAUUCUGGCGAUACAGUUGGGCGAUGGCAUGUGACGGCUACGGAUAUCGACUCAGUAACAAACUCCCAGCUGACCUAUUCAGUUAGCGACAGCACGUUCUCCGUUCAAACUCUCAACAAUAUUGGCUACGUUAAGACUGCAAAACGAUUAGAUUACGACCGUAUACCAGACCACACGUACAACUUCACCAUCGUGGCCACAGAUAACGGCGACCCACCACACAAAGGUUCAGCCGCGGUCAGGGUCAGCGUGACCAACGUAAACGAUGAAGACCCAGUCUUUGUGAAGGAUGUUGAGAGGGUUCAACUGAGUGAAGAUGCUCCCAUGCGCACUGUGGUUCACGUCGUUCAAGCCUUCGACCCAGACGGGGAUGGAGUUACCUACACGUUUGCUGGCUAG